AUGGCUCUCCAAAACUCCGAGGGAAGGCUAUCGAAGCGGGACAAGUUGGCGUCGUAUUUCUCGGCGCUGACCCCGGCAUAUCAUCAAAACGACUAUCACACCCUCGAUAACGAGCAGGGUGACUACCAGGCAAUGCACCAAUCAAUUUUGCACGAGCGGCACCACUCUAAAGUGCACAGAUCGCAGAUUCAGAUGCACAAUGUGGUGCACUCAAGGCUCUUACAGUUGCCCACUGAGGUGCUACUCCAGAUCUUCAAGUACUUGGACAAGCGAGAUUUGUUUUCCCUCUUGACUGUCUGCCGUGACUUGUCCAGUCUCAUCGUUGAGAUCAUGUGGUUCAGGCCAAACAUGCAGAGUGAUACUGCCUUCCAGAAAAUCAAAGAUAUCUUAGAACUUCCUCGUGGGCUAACGCACUGGGAUUACCGAAACUACAUCAAGCGACUCAACCUCUCUUUCAUGACCAAGUUUGUUGACGACGAACUCUUGGAUCUCUUUAGAGGGUGUCCGAAAUUGGAGAGAUUAACAUUGGUCAACUGCACUAAGCUUAACCACAUGCCGAUUUCUCGAGUAUUGAAGAAUUGCAACAGGUUGCAGUCCAUCGACAUGACUGGUGUGCAAGAUAUACAAGAUGACAUAAUUUAUGCAUUGGCCCAAAAUUGUCCGCGUUUGCAAGGGCUCUAUGCCCCAGGCUGUGGCAAUAUAUCCGAAGAAGCUAUUAUUCAGUUAUUACAAUCGUGCCCCAUGCUCAAAAGAAUCAAGUUUAAUAACAGCGAGAAUAUCAGCGAUAGAAGCAUAUUGGCGAUGUACGAGAAUUGCAAGUCAUUGGUGGAAAUUGACCUUCACAACUGUCCGAAUGUCACGGACACUCAUUUGAAACGUAUUUUUGCCGAACUAAGUCAGCUUCGUGAGUUUCGCAUCAGCAACGCGGCGGGUAUCACAGACGAUCUUUUCGAGCUCAUCCCGGAUGAUUGUUUUUUGGAUAAAUUGCGAAUCAUUGAUGUCACAGGGUGCAACGCCAUCACCGACAAGCUUGUGGAGCGAAUGGUUAGAUGUGCUCCUCGUCUAAGAAACGUGGUGCUUUCGAAGUGUAUGCAAAUUGGUGACGCUUCUCUCAGACAUCUUACCAAACUAGGCCGCAGUUUACAUUACAUUCACCUCGGUCACUGUGCCCUGGUCACGGACUUUGGUGUUCAAGCGCUCGUGAGAAAUUGCCAUCGCAUUCAAUACAUCGAUCUAGCCUGUUGCUCACAGCUCACUGACUGGACCUUGAUUGAGCUUUCAACAUUGCCCAAACUCAGAAGAAUUGGCCUUGUAAAGUGCAACAUGAUAACCGAUUCAGGUAUCAUGGAAUUGGUACGUCGCCGUGGGGAGCAAGAUUGUCUUGAGAGAGUCCAUUUGUCUUAUUGCACUCAAUUGACCAUAGGACCCAUUUUUUGUCUCUUGAAGAGCUGUCCGAGGCUCACCCAUUUGUCGUUAACGGGUAUUUCUGCCUUUCUCCGCAGAGAGAUCACUCAAUACUGCAGAGACCCACCACCUGAUUUUACAGAAAAUCAGAAAUCCUCGUUUUGUGUAUUUUCUGGCCAGGGGGUUGGAAAACUCAGAAGCUAUCUAGCAUCUUUGAUGGAUCAACGAGCUUAUAUGUUGGAGCAGUACGCAUAUCAAAACCAUAUGAGUGCAGUGACGCCAAUAGGGGCUGUCAGAGCACCCGAUGGAAUGGUCGUUGAGCCAAGUGCAAUGGACGCAAACGGUUUGGCAAUCACUCCAUCUCCGCCGAAUGAAACCCUUGGUAACCCAGCGUUCCCAUCCAGACCUGGUACAAACGGAUUUACGAACUUGAAUGAAGAAGAAAUGCAAACCUGGGCGCAACGACGCGGCUUGGGGCAAUUAAGGAGGACGCAGGUCAAUCAGCAGAACCGCUUCGAUACAAAUGAAUCGAGAUUCAACGAAACAGACGCAAUUCUUCGGCAACUUCUCACCCUCGAACAACAAAACAGGCAACGAUUGGCAACAUUUCACAAUGCUGCACAAGCAUUUCAGCCUGAUCCGGUAGCAAAUGGUCUCGGCAUCAGACCCCUCAUGGAACCUCGGCUUUACCAAGGCCCUACUUUUGAAGAGCAGGAUACUGAGAUGGAUGCAGUUGAUUUGUUUCCCAGGACUCAUGAUGCCCAAAAUGGAGGGCACUAA